AUGGUAAUAAAAAGUAACAUAAGGCUCGCGAGCGGUAAACCCUUUCGGACUUGCUCUCAGGGGUGCCAAGGGCGGCUUUUUAGCACUCUGCCCGAGGCGGGCACGGCCGACGCCUCCGCAGGGCCGGCUUUGCUCCCCGGCUCCACAGCACCGACACGGGUCCGGGCGCCCCAACCCCAGCGGUGCGGCGGGAGCCCGGCGCCGGCCUUGGCCCAGGCGGCAGCGAGACGCGGCCCUGAAGCGCCCCGCGUCACCGAGGCGGCGAGGGACGGCGGCCCUCCCCGGGGCUCUCUCCCCGCGGGGAAAAAGAGAAAAGAAGGUCAUGAGGAACCUGUACAGAAAAAGAAAAAGGUGAAAAGUAGUAGCAGCCAGACUAUCAUUAAAGUUGAGAAAGAUGUUCAAAGUGUCAUUAAAACUGAGGAUGACGACCAGCUCGAGACAAAAACAAAGGUAAGGAAAAAGGAAAACUUAGAAGACGAUGAAUGUUUAGACCAAUUAGAACUGAAGAAGAAGAAGAAGAAAAACAAGAAAAAGAAAGUUGGCUCUGAAUUACUGGAAGAAGCACAUUCAGAAAGCUUUGUGAAUGUAGAAGGCCAUCUGGAUUCAGAACCUCAAGAAGAAUCGGAGAAACAAAUUAAAAUUCUCAGAAAGAAGAAAAAAAAAGACCAAUGUCAUUCCUCCUUGUCACUGGAGAAUAAUCAGAGUAGUGAUACGGAGUUUUCAAGUCAUCAUACAGAUGAAGAAAAAACUGUUGCCGGCAAAAACCAUGGAACAGAUAUUAUCCAGAGUGAUGAGGAGAGUUAUGUGAGAAGAAAGAAGAGGAAGAAAAAGAAAGAUAAGUCUGAUUCCUUUUUACCACUAGCAGAUAAUGAGGACAACGUCUAUGGAGUUCCUGAUAGCCCCACUGCAUUAAGUGACUUCAGAAAAAGGCAAAGAAAAAAUUUCCAGGAAAUUACAUUGACAGAUAGAAAGGAAGAGGACAUUAAUGAGAACUCUGGAAGUAUCAGAGAGACCAAGAGGAAGAAGAAGAGAAGCAAAGAUGUUUCCUCCUUAAUAUGUGAAGAUGAUCAAGACUACAGUCACAGAGUUCCUGAUAAGCAUCUCCCUGCACAGCAAGGAGUUGAGUCUGAGGAUGAAGAGCUUUCUGGAAAAAAAUGCAGAAAGAAUAUCAAGGAUAAUAAUGAAGAACAUGUGGAUGAUGUAACUGUUGUGCAGGAAAAAAAAGGAAACUGUGAUGAAGUUAACAUAGACAAGGUGAGGCGACAGGCUCUGCAAGAAGAAAUCGAUAGAGAAUCUGGCAAAACCAAGGUUUUCAGUCCCAAAGUGGAACGGGAUACAAAGUUUGGCCAGUGGAGCACAGCUGCUUUUCAAAGUUCUGAGGAAGAAAUGAAGUUUUUUAGACUGAUGGGUGGCUUUAAAAAGGGCUCUGUGCCUAUCCAAAAUCUCUCAGCAACUACAAACAAACCGAACAUGGCUCUGAACAGGGAAGGGGAGAAGAAGUUACAGCAGGCUCUGAAGAUGGAAUUCGAUAAAGCAAUGGACUUGAAACAACAUAGAGGAAUUGGUCUUGGAUUUCAACCUGCUGCCAACAAAAAAGUAUACAUAGACAAAUAUGCAUCUAGAUCUAUAAAAUUUGAAGAUUAA